GCCCAUGGAUUCCCCCGCCUCGUAGAAUCUGCACGCCAAACCCCGGAUUCUCGCCAAGGGGUCCAGCUGCGAAGAGCCGAGAUGAACCGGCCGUCGAGUUUCGUGCCCACGCCUGACCAGGAUGUGCUGGACAUCAAGCCCCUGAGGACCCUGUCUCCGAUGUUCCCGGCGCCGCUGGGGGUCAACACCUUCAACCAGCCGUCCACCCCCGGCACCCCGCCCCUGGUGUUUGUCACUACAGCUGGGCAGUUUCCUGGGCUCAGGUCAUUCUCUGCAUUCGGUGCACAAGAUGCUGCUGGAGGGCGGCCUGCUUCAUCCAAUGGCCAGGCUACCGGUUUUGGUGGUCGGCCUGCUGGUUUUGGUGGUCAGUCUGCUGGUAAUGGAGGCCAGGCUACAGGGUUUGGUGGUCACUCUGCUGGUAAUGGAGGCAGGACUGCUGCCAAUGGGACUUCAAAUGCAGGCGCCAGUGCUGACGUGCCAAUUGAUGCCACCCCUAUCUCAGUUUGCAAGCCGACGCCGCCACCUACGAAUGCAGGCGGCAGUGCUGACACACCAAUUUACGCCACCCCUCUCGCAGCUUACAAGCCUAAGACGCCAAAUGUCAUACAACUGGAUGAUGACGACGACGACGAUGACGAUUACGCUGUCAACCAGACAUCAGCAUCUGGGCGAGCAAUCAAGAGGCCAUCGCGCCUAAGUGGAUAUAGGACGAGCGGUGGUUUGGGCAGUGACAGCAAUAGUGGAGUGAAGAUCAAGCGGCAUAAGUCCUCUAACAGGAUGGCUGGUACUGACCAUGAGUUUACCUUGGAGCCCCAUUCUUCCAGCGAUCCCAGGGAGGUUGUGGAGGAGGUUCUAAUGACCUUCGAGGCGCUGCGGCGUAGGCAUCUUCAGUUGGAUGAGGCGCAAGAGACUGGCAAACGUGCGGACCUUAAGGCUUCUGCCAUCAUGAAUGCCAAAAAUCUUAGGGCUAACGCUGGGAGGAGGAUCGGAGGUGUCCCUGGAGUUGAGAUUGGGGAUAUUUUCUACUUCAGGAUGGAGCUAAGCAUUAUUGGGUUGCAUGCUCCUAGCAUGGCUGGGAUUGAUUAUAUGACUGCCACGUUUGGUGAUAGGGAUGAUGAUUCUGUGGCAAUAUGUAUUGUCGCUGCAGGUGUUUAUGAGAAUGAUGAUGAUGCCACAGACACGCUAGUCUACAGCGGUUCAGGAGGUAAUAACAGGAACAAUGAGGAUAUGCAUGACCAGAAGCUUGAGAGAGGUAACCUUGCCCUUGAGAGGAGCCUGUCGAGAAAGAACGUGAUCCGGGUUGUACGGGGAUAUAAAGAUCCAGGUUGCUUGGCUGGGAAGGUUUAUAUGUAUGAUGGCCUCUAUAAGAUUCAUGAGUCCUGGAAGGAGAGAACAAGAGCUGGGAUCAAUUGCUUCAAGUACAAGCUGGUGCGGGAACCGGGACAGCCUGAGGGAUUUGCAAUCUGGAAGAUGUCGCGAAAAUGGGUAGCGAAUCCAGACACUAGAGGCAAUGUUCUACACCCUGAUCUAUCAUCUGGUGCUGAGUAUCUCCCGGUGUGUCUUGUCAAUGAUGUUAACAGUGAGAAAGGACCAGGCCUUUUCACCUAUAUUUCUGAGGUCAAAUACCUGAAGCCACUAAGUUCUCUGAAACCAUUACAGGGUUGUAGAUGCGUUAGUGCUUGUCUGCCUACUGAUUCCACUUGUGGCUGUGCGCAGUGUAAUGGAGGUAACUUACCAUAUAGUUCAACUGGGUUGCUUGUAUGCCGCAAACCUAUGAUAUAUGAAUGUGGUGAAUCUUGCCUGUGUUCAGUUAACUGCCGUAACAGGGUGACCCAGAAGGGGGCUAAGAUUCACUUUGAGGUCUUCAGGACAGAGAAUCGAGGCUGGGGUCUUCGUUCAUGGGAUCCUAUACGGGCUGGCUCAUUCAUUUGCGAGUAUGUUGGUGAGGUUAUUGAUGAUGAGAAAUUCAGUCUGGAUGACAGCGAAGAUGAUUACCUUUUUCAGACUGUGUGCCCUGGUCGGAAGACAUUGAAAUGGAAUUAUGGGCCUGAACUGAUAGGGGAGCAAAGCACAAACGUUUCACCUGAUACUUUCGAGCCACUGCCAAUUAAGAUAAGUGCAAAGAAGAUGGGGAACAUCUCACGUUUCAUGAACCAUAGCUGUGCCCCUAACGCCUUCUGGCAGCCAGUUCAAUUUGACCAUGGAGAUGAUGGUCACCCACACAUCAUGUUCUUUGCGCUCAAGCAUAUCCCUCCCAUGACAGAGCUGACCUAUGACUACGGUGAGAUUGGAGCUGAUUCUAGUGGUAUAGGUUCUCCUAGAGCCAAGAGCUGCCUCUGUGGAUCCUCAAAUUGCCGGGGCUACUUUUGCUGAUUAUGGAAGAUGUGAAUUCUGUUUCUCAACAUGCCAAUCUAUUUUCUAGGUAAGAACUGAAUGGUAUUCUCUGAAUUGAUCAUCAUGCACACAUGUAAUUCCUUUGUUGUUGGACAUCCCUGCUUGUCAUGCAUAUUUACAGUCAGUCUUAUCAGUAUUGCAUAAGCAACCAAUUUGUGCUGAUAGAUACUAGUUGGGAUAUUUGCAGUUUAGCUUCGUUGCAGCUGUAAUAGAAAUUGUGUACAUUUAGGAAUGCAUGUGAGAACAAUGUUAUUCCUGUCCUGUCUAGUAACUUCAGGAAUUCUCUUCUAAGAACUCAGACAUUUUAUGGUUUAGUACAUGAUAUAAAUUAUCUUGGAUCAGUGAUUUAUUUACAUUUGGACUAUCUGUCAAUGCAUAUCAUAUCCUGCUUAUGAUUUUCUGUUAUCCUCCGCUAUUAGCUUCCAAUUGUUGCUUUACUUGUGUUACUACCAGAGUGGAUGUAGUUUCUGAUGUUGUAAACAAGCCAUCUCUAUUUUUUCGUGAACCUGCCUCUGGAUGAUCUCUUGGUUGUUGGUUCUGGUCUU